AUGGCAACCGCCGAAAAGCUUGCUCAGAAGAAGAGGUCUGAAAAGUGGAAGGAGUCUGAGUCCAAGUUACUAACUGAUGUCCUCAAAUCCCUUGUCAAGAAAGAACUUAAAUCCUGGGAGCAAGAGCUCAACUCAAAAUGUCAGAAUGAAGCACCCAUCACUGUUGUUAACAACGUAGACCUGGAGGGACCUCCUCAGGACUUUGUCUACAUCAGUGAUUACAUAGCAGGCACAGGUGUUGACAUCCCCACUGAUCCUCCAGUUGGCUGUGAGUGCGAAAAUUGCUCUCCUGAAGCUGAGAGUAGGUGCUGUCCCCAGAAUGGUGGAGUCAAAUUUGCCUACAGCAAAAAUAAACUUGUAAAGGCAAAACCAGGAACUCCAAUCUAUGAGUGCAAUACAAGGUGUAAGUGUGGAGAGCAGUGCCCCAACCGGGUUGUUCAAUUGGGCAGGAAACACAAGCUAGUAAUCUUCAGAACAGACAAUGGCAGAGGCUGGGGUGUGAAGACUCUCGUAGACAUCAAGAAGAAUUCAUUUGUCAUGGAAUAUGUUGGAGAGGUAAUUACAAGUGAAGAAGCAGAGCGAAGAGGGAAAAUCUAUGAUGCUAAUGGUAGAACAUAUCUAUUUGAUCUGGACUACAAUGAUGAUGAUUGCCCAUUCACUGUUGAUGCUGGUCACUAUGGCAACAUAUCUCAUUUUGUCAACCAUUCUUGUGAGCCAAAUCUUGUUGUCUAUGGUGUGUGGGUUAAUUGCCUUGAUCCGAGACUACCUCGUAUUGCUCUUUUUGCCUGUAGUGAUAUCAAAGCCGGCGAGGAAAUCACCUUUGAUUAUCAGAUGACAGGUUCAGUAAACGAAGAAGGAGCCAACGAAUUAGGUCAAGUAGAAUGCAGAUGUGGGUCCACAAACUGCAGGGGCUUUCUAUUUGAAUGAUGCAAGCUUCUAGCAUAGUUAUACUGUACAUUUUGAGUGAUAUAAUAUACAUAUAAGGUGCUUUAAAGAGAUUCUUUACAUGGUUUCCAAAUGCAUAAUUCUGUUCUGCUGUGCUGUAAAUUUCUUGUUAAUUUGUGUCAAUUUAUGUCAUCAAUAUUCAGAUAUUAUGUCUUGCAAAUUGAAAUUGAUGAACUACAUUCAUUCCCUGAUUCAUUUUGGUUCAGUAUGUAAUAUUGCAUUUCAUUCACUUUCAUGUUUGAAUUUUUUUAUUUUUUUUUUCAUUUAUUUAUUUAUUAUUAUCAUUUGUAUUAUUAAUAUUUUUUUUUUUGGAGGGGGGGGGGUAUGGUUGGUUGAAAUCUGGAAAUUUUAAACCUAAUCAGAUUAUGAUAUGUUUAUGCAAUCAGUAAAUGUUUUUUUUUUGUCUCGCCUGCAGAGGUGCUGCUUUUCCGACGGCGGUGGCAGCGUCACCGUUUUCAUCAUUGAAAUCUAAUCCAAGGUUAAGUUUUUGAAAUGUCAUAACUUUAUUAUGGAUGUAAGUAGCACUGAUCAUUUUCAAGAAUUUCAGGUCACAUGAUCAAGGUCAAAGGUAAUUUAGGGUUAAUGAACAUAGUAUUUUAUUAUCAUAUGAAUGGUGUUUUUGUGAAUAAUUUUUUUUCAAUUCAGCAUUGCUGCUAUAUUGAAUCAUGUAAUGCAGGCGAGACUGCCAGAUGCAUUCCACUUGUUUCUCUAUACAUGGCUGUAUGAGGCUUACCUCUGUGUUACAAGAAGAAUUCAUAGUCAUUUCUUCACAUUAGAAACAUAGUCAUCAAAUUUCAAAAUCAAAUUCUAAGAAGUUUUUGUCAUAUGGAUAAAGCAUCAUAUACAUAUGUAAAUGAAAAGAAAAUAUGAAUAAAGUUGAUAUGUGAUCCACCACCCUGAAACCACCAAUACCCCUAAUGCAACCGAACUGAGGAAACAGUAAAAAAUUGUAGUUUAGGUCAUAUCAGUCAAUUCUAUCUCAAAUUGGAUUGUAAUGUGCCUCUAUGGUACAUGUAUGUUUUUUAGCCAUUUAAUCCUCAACUUCAACAAGCAUUCUCACAGUCACCGAUGGCUUUUGUUAUGCCUUAGGAAAUCAAGAAUUCUUGAAGAUAUUUAACGGAUUUAAGAGACAAUAAAAAAGACCCAAACUUUGGUACAAACUUUGAGCUCAAUCAGAUAUCCCCUCAUACCAUUUGCUAUGGAAUCGAAUCAUUCAAAUAAAAUAAUUUUGUUGUAAGGUUAAUUGAAGGGCUAACUUGCUCAGGAGAUAAAAAAGAUCAAAAUAUUAAUGGGAUGUAGUCCUUAAUUCUUGUGUUUGAGGUGAAAUAAUCCAAAAAGUAAAUAAGGGAAACAGUAACAAUUGUGUUUCAUUUAUUUCUCUGCAAAUCAUAUCAAACAGAAAUAAAGAAAGAGCCAGAACUAAUACACAUGUAAUUUGCAUUUUAGAGACAGAUGAACAGUGAUAUGGGUUCAUUCAAUAGGCUGUCUACAAACCAACAAACUUAGAAAAUCACUAUUAAGUAUAUUGAAUUGCUAGCAUAUAUAUCAUUUUAUCUUUACACAAAAUGACUUUUUUUCUAGGAAAUGAAUAGGGCCAUGUAUUUUUAACUUGCACACAGAAAGGUGGUUUUUAAUUUCAUUCUGUUAUGUAAUUGGUGCCAUUUGAAAGCUUAAUAUGUAGUCUAUCUUACCUGUAAAUAGUGCAUUUACAUUUGAAUGCAUUAACAACUGAAUUUGUGACAUUGCAAUUGAUAGAAUGAAAACUUACAGAUCUAAAUUUACAUUAACUUCCACAUUGAAAAUUCCUUGAUAAAAUGAAUAAACACUUAUGAGUUAUAUGUGUAUCAUCUGAAAGGGAGUCUAAUAAACAAUACAAGAAUAUUAAAAAUUAUGUGGUAUGGGCAAAAAGAAAAUCAAAUAUGGAUGUUCAAAAUAAUAUGGGGGGUCGUGAAAAGUCAAACAUUUUCACUCAUAAGAUGUGAAGACUUCACCCUAUACCUCAUAUUAAUGCUAUUUUUCAAUCCUUGGGAAGUUUCAUUUACUGAUUGAAUUUGAUGUACACAUAUUAGGCGAUUUAAAAAUACAUGGCCAUGGAAGUAUAAAAUGAUAAUGAAUACUUAUUAGUGUUAUACAUGCAUUAUUUUCUCCUAUAACAUUCCUUAAUCAUGUGUAAAUAAUCAGUUUUGAAUAGAGAUUUGCUAAUUAGAAAUUAUGUUAGCAUUCGCUUUCCCGUGUGCCUGUGGUAUUUCUACUGUUUUAGUCACAUACAUGUAAUUUAUACUCGGACAAAUCCUGCAAAAAUAUCUGUUUUUCUCAACUGUAGGAGGUAUUUUUGUCACAUUUACAUUCUCUUUUUCACCAUUCAGAUAAUCUACAUUUUUUUUUGUAUUACGGGUAACUCAUAAAUGCGCAAUUAUAUGAUUUCAUUCAUUAAAUUAAUGAAAGGAAGUUACAUGUACCAAUGCUCACAUUUUAAAUGAUAGGCAAGUGUAUACCUUUCCAGACAAGAAUGAGGACUAAACAACUAUGUGUAAAGUGUUUGAGUACGCUGUAAAAUUUAUAUUCUUGUUGAUGUACAUGUGUUUAAUAUUACUGAUAAGAGAUUGCAUGUAGUUUGAUUCAAAAUUAUGCAAUUUCUGAAGUUAAUUUUCAUGUAUUCUUUAUUUGUUGUACAUAUGAUUUCGCACUUGUAAUUCCAUAGAGAGGGAGGAAAAAAAAGAAUAGUGGCUGUGUUUACUGCCCUCCAUGGUAAAAAGACUGAAUAUUAUUAAAUACAUGUAUAAACAAAAGAGCCAUCAAAACUAGCUUGGUCAUCUAAAUGAAUUUGGUAACAUCACUUUCCAUUUUUCUAGCAUGUUCUGUCCAUAUUCUUAAAUUUUGAGUUUGAUAUUGAUGUUACAUCUUUCUUGAAAAAAAAUUGUAUCUAAAUAACAUUUGGCAUGUGGCAAAUGAGACAUUUCUAAUGUUUAUGUUGCAUGAUUCAAUUGAUAAUUGAUAAGCUACUUCCAAUUACAUGUACCAUAACAUGGUUCUGCAAGACAUUGGAUCAGUUGCAUAAAAAGUAGCAAUUGCUUUUGCUAGGCUUUGCUUGAUUCCAUAUGCAUGAAAAUGAUCUAGCAAACGCUUUUCUUUAGUAAGUUCAAGAUAUCUCUAACUGAUUGCUAGCAUUUCCUUGACGAUUAAGCUAUUGCUAAUAAGCGUAUGCAUAAAGCGAAUAUUUCGCUUGUGCAUUAAAGCGUUUGCUUGGGUGUUUUCAAGCUCCGUCAGAGCAGCUUGAGCAUUUGCUUGAUCAGGGCGUUCGAGUGCUUUAAUCAUGUUUAUGCACCUGAGAGAGAACCCAAAGGUUUACAGUAGCCUACAUGUACAUAUUUUCUUCCUAGUAGAUGCAAAUUGAAUGCCAAAUGUACAAAUUUAUUUAUUAGAAAAAAAUCUAAAGAAAUAUUUUGACAUCACGUCUAAGGAAGAGAAGUGGUAUUUUGCAUUGAGUCCUGCCAUUAUUAUGUUAGCCCUGUUCGCACAAGCAUGACGUUGCUAUUGUUCAAACUGCUAGCAAUUACAAGAAAGGAGUUUGAGCACAAGCAAAGGAUUAUGCAUACAAAAUAAAGCAAUUGCUAAGGCAUGAUCUUUUGCUUGGCAAGAAAUUGCUACGUUUUAUGCAUCUGACCCGUUAUCAGAAAUUUGUAGUCCCAUUCAGUUUUUUGCCAAUAUGGCAAAUGCUGAAUGCAUCCACAACCACAUUAUUCGAUUACCAAUCACUUCAAUGUGCACGUGAAGGACAUGCGUAAUAAACUGGGAAGUUUGUUUAAUCCCAUCUCAUUUUCAUUGGUCUUUUGCCAUUUUGUGACUUUGGAUCCUGAAACCAAUUAAUGU